AUGCAAAAGGAAAAUGCAACAUUGCUGACAGAGUUUGUUCUCACAGGACUUCCACAUCAAGCACAGUGGAAAAUCCCCUUGUUCCUGGUGUUCUUGAUGAUAUAUCUUACCACCAUUGUGGGAAACCUUGGUCUGAUUGCUGUCAUCUGGAAGGACCCUCACCUUCACAUCCCUAUGUAUUUAUUCCUUGGGAAUUUAGCCUUUGUAGAUGCUUGGUUAUCAUCCACGGUGACACCGAAGAUUCUGAUGAACUUGUUAACAGAGAAUAAUAUGAUAUCACUUACUGAAUGCAAGAUACAGUUUUUUUCUUUUGUAGUCAGUGUAACGACAGAAUGUUUUCUCUUGGCAACAAUGGCUUAUGAUCGCUAUGUGGCCAUCUGCAAACCUUUACUUUAUCCAGUGAUUAUGUCGAACAGACUCUGCAUCCGGCUAAUGGUUGUGUCACUUGUAGGAGGUUUUCUUCAUUCCACACUUCAUGAAUGUUUUUUACUCAGGCUAACCUUCUGUAAUUCAAACAUGAUAUAUCACUUUUACUGUGAUGUUAUGCCAUUAUUAAAGAUUUCCUGUACUGAUCCUUCACUUAAUUAUCUAAUUAUUUUUAUUUUCUCAGGAUCAAUACAAGCAUUCACCAUUGGCACUGUUUUUGCCUCUUAUACAUUUAUUCUCAUUACAAUCUUAAAAAAGAAGUCAGCUAAAGGUGUAAGGAAGGCCUUCUCCACAUGUGGAGCCCAUCUGUUAUCUGUGACUUUAUACUUUGGUUCUCUUCUCUUCAUGUAUCUACUCCCUGCAUCUGCACAAUCAGAUGAUCAGGACAUGAUGGACUCUCUAUUUUACACUGUCAUAAUUCCAUUGUUAAAUCCUAUGAUCUACAGUUUGAGAAAUAAGCAGGUUAUAGAUUCAAUAAGAAAAGUAUUAAAGAGAAAUGUUUAA